AUGCGCUUUCUUACUUCUUUUUUAACAAUAUUAAUGCGUUACCGUUUUUUUUUUUUUUUUUUUAAAUCUUGUUUUCUCGUGUUAAGUAUAUAUAAGGUCAAGAUGCCGGGUGAUCCUUCUCAUUUAAACGCGGAGCGUCUUAAGGAACUGCGAGGGGCUGUUCACAAAUUCUUACAAGAUUCAAGUGUUUAUUCUAAAAUUCGUGAUAUUGUAGACUCUUAUGUUGCCGAAAAUCCGGGAGACUCAUCAAAUCCAGCUUCCUCUGCUGAUGUGAUGAAGAUUAUCCGAGAAAAAGGACUGGUUCAAGAUUUACUAAAUCGGUUACGCGGCGAGAAAAUUACGGGUAUCGUGCAGACUCCAAACAAGGCUCUUUCAUGGAAGCUUCUUCCGGGUGAGUACUACCUUCAUCUUCGACUGGCCGGUGGGAAAGCAUUUGUUGACAACUUGGACCUUACUCCAAGUUUCGCUAAAGACUAUCUGAUGUACGUUGCGGUACACUUUGGGUCACAACGAUACCGAUCGAAUUUGGAGGAUGUUUCUGUGGAUCCUCCUUUUAGAGAUGAGUUCCUUAUAGAUCUUGAUUAUAAAUCAUUUGGGUCUUGUGCCGCAGAUUUGAUAGAGGUUUCAACUCCACUACAUAUAGCCGUUUUUAGAGAGGAACGUCUUUUAACGUUUUCCAAGAUGGUUGGAGAAAAUAUUGUUGACUGGAGAAAGGUUUUACGCACAGGCUACCUUGGUUUAACUGUUGAACUUUGUGGAGAUAACCCAGGUAUUCCUGCUGGUAUAUUAGAGUUACAAUUGGAGCUAUUGCCUAAUAAGGCUCCUCGGUUUUCAGAAGAGGAUGUUGCAUCCAGAAUCGAUUUGCAGCGUUCUGCAAUCACUUCGGCUGACCGUGAGUUUCUUUUGUACGCACGUCGUUGGUGGAUGGAGUUUCAAGACAUUCGACCCACACAUAAGCAAAGAAAAAUAAAAGUGUUUGCUUCUACUUCUAAUGGGAGGAUGGUUCCAACAACACAUUUUAUUUCUGUAGUUCGUCCAGAUAAAGGGAUUGACACGCCACUUGAAGCAGCAAGAUUUGUUUCUCUUAUCGCUGUGACAGACGAAGAAAAUUUGACUCAAGAAUUCCUUCUUGGUGGAUUAGGAAAUGGCAAGUCAGCAAAUUGUUGGCCCUCAAUGUUUACUUUUCUAUCUCAGAGAAGAGGAGAACCCUGUAAUCAUGCGGCUCUUCUCUGUUCUUUAUUACUUGGCUUUGGCUUGGAUGCUUACUGUGCUGUUGGAACAAAUAAAAAAGGAAAGACCGCAAUGUUUGUUGUGUCUCGUAAGCGUCUUAGCACUGGUGUUUUUGACGUUAUGCUCUGGGAACCUACAACGGGAAGUCGCUUUGCACUAACCGACGCACAUCCAUGGGAAACUCUGGGUUCUGUGUUUAAUCACCGAUCUUUUUAUGCUAAUAUUCAGCCAUCAGAUAUUAUUACUACGAUUUCUUUUGAUCUUGACAAUGAAGGGUUAUGGAAACCGUUAAACCCUUUAAAGCUUCGUAUGGUUCCAAAAUAUCCCAACCCUUCGCUUUUAUGGAUUUCAAGUGAUACAAAAUCGCUUGAAGACGAACUCCUAACUUUAUUGAUUCGACAAUUGACUGAAUAUCGUGACAUCCGGGGGAUUACCACACGUUUUAAUGAGAAUCUUGCCUAUGUUCUUCGGCAAGCUCUCUCUGCCUAUGAGAGUCAUCGACGCAAUGGUGCUCCAGAGGAUUUGUCGUUCUUUGAAAAUUGCGUAAAGGGUGUCAUUGGAGAGGGAAAAACUUUUAAAGGUGUCCCAGUGAACGUAACGCAUCUAAACAGCCGUAAGAUACUUGCAACAUUUGAAGGUAGCGUUUCUGGAAAAGAGAUUUUGGAGUUAACAGCCGAUAGUCUCACUUUGGCUGUUCAGGUAAAAAUAUAUUCCUUUCCUGAAGGCGUGCUCUCUGUUUGGGUGAUGUUGGCCGCAGCAUAUGCGUUUUCUUCUGUUUGA